AUGCCUCCCGAUCUACUCGCCCAAGUUGAUUUGGAACGGGUGGGUACUCCUCCACCCCUUGCACCAGCGCCUACUGCCUCCGGCAGCCGCCCAGCAGGUGCAUACAGCACGGGCUAUUGGGAAUCUAGGUCUGCUUCAAAAAAAUCUACCUCCCCUGUCCCGUUGGUCUCAAGAAUUGGGCCAAGAGCCUCUCGAACCUCAAAGGAACACUACCGAAGUCCUCCUCAACGCCUUUUCCAAACGAGCCCAGUCAGAUGGGUUUCUAAUGAAUCACCUCGUCCCGAGAAACAGACUGCUCCAACAUUCAAGGGAAAAGGCCAUUACUUUUCACCUUCACCCCCUCAUCUUUUUCCAUUGAAGAGGAGUCGUCGACAAUCUCGUACUCCUCCUUCAUCCGAUGAUGACUCAACUAUUGAGGAUCGUCAUGAGGAUGACGUCCGGAUCCCUGUACCCGGCACCCAAAAGCCUUGUCUGUUUGCGGCUCCAAUUGAUGAAUUGGUCGAUUCAAAAGCUUCCCCUUUGGCCCAAGCCAUCCAACAAUUGGUCACGGUCUAUAAAAGUGAUAUCGAUUAUCACGUGGACCAAUUUAAUUGCUUGCCCAACAAACCUUCUAGUUGGCCCACCUCACUUACUAAGGACUUAUUGGAAUAUAAAUGUAUUGACCUCGAAAAGUUAUGGGGUGAAAUGGAGUCAAAACCUACUUCGGAAAUUUUCUUUUUUGACAAGAAAUCGAAGAAAAUGGAUGUUAAGGGUGUCACAAACCCUCUGGAGAUCAAUGAUCUAUCGGAUUUCACUCAAAUCUUGGAGGUUCUCCGCCACGCUUAUUUGGCGGCUUUUUACUUGGCUGCUGUCCCAAUUAAGGACUAUUUUAGUCAAAUAUCUAAGUUAUGCCGCCAUCAAUCGAAAAUACACUGGACUCACGUCAAAAAUUACGAUGCCGAAAUGCGGCAGGAAUUCUCCCAACGACCAUCUCUUGCAUGGGGUGACUAUAAUGCUCCGGAACUUAGAGUUUUCAAAGGUCGCAAUCUCCAUGUCAAAUAUGUCGCUCCAACAGCGGCUAUCCCGGCUGCUGCGUCUUUGUCUUACACCCAACCAAGGGCUUCUUCCGUGAAGAAAGCUCCUUCUUCAAAACCUAAACCAGCUCCUAAGAAAACGAAGCGCAAUUUUCCUCCGUACGAGAUCAAAGAUCCGGCAGGUGUUGCUGUCCACGAUCAGCCUUGCAACAACUGGAAUGCCAAUGUUUGCAAGAAGUCAGCUGAUGAGUGCGACUACGCCCAUGACGUUUGCAACAAGCUGGGAUGCUUCGGAAAUCAUCGCGGAAUCUUCUCUCACAGACGAACCUAA